UGGGAUGGGCGCGCGGCGCCAUGGUUGAAUAUAAAUGCUGGGUGACUUCCUCCCUCUCACUUUGCAACUUUGCAAAAGUCACAAGGACUGUCCUUCAGAAGCCUCACCGAAAAUCACCAAGAGACCACAUUAAGAAUGUCUUGGGACCAGUACGUUGACAGUUUGAUGGGGGCAGAUGGUGUGCAGGACGCCGCGAUAUUGGGGUGCGAAAGCGGCAAAGAAGCCGUAUGGGCGUCGUGCAAGACUGGAGUAUUCGGCAGUAUCACGCCUGCUGAGAUCCGCCAGCUGGUGGUCUCUGAACGGAGUUCCCUCUUCAGUGGCGGGCUAACAUUGGCGGGCACCAAGUGCACAGUGCUGAGAGACGCACUGAACCAGGACGGCCAGUUCACCAUGGACCUCCGCACCAAGGCUUCAGAGAAGGAUCCCGACACCUACAACAUCUCCGUGGCCAAAUCGAACAAAGUUCUAGUCAUUGUUAAAGGAAAGAAGGAUACCCACGGAGGUAAACUGAACCCCAAAGUUUUCGGCAUUGCUGAUCACCUGAGGAAGUCCGGCUACUGAUACCUCCCCCCGUCCCAACCCCAGCCCCCCACAGCCCCCCACAGCCCCCCACAGCCUCCGCUGUCUGCAGUUUGCAAAGAAUUGGGACUGCGUCACUCUCUGAACAAAAGAAAACAAAAAAAAACAUUCACCCCCACUUCUCUAGUUUUACCACUGAACAUUUCAUUGUGUUAAUUUUUUUGAUAUCCCAUGGAACAAAAAUUUGACUCUCUUAUCUAAAUAAAAGAUGGAAUUUAUUCUUUAAAAGGA